AUGGAUCUGAAGGUGGAAUUCAACGAAGCUGCGAGUGCGGCUGCGGCGAUAGAUUGGGGGAAGACAGACGAAAAAGCAGUGAAUCUCUUCGAAACAACAAUUCGACACCUCGGCGGUCUUCUCAGCUCAUAUGAACUAAGCCGCGAACCAGCAUUACUGCAAAAAGCCACUGAACUCGGAGAAAUGCUAUACGUCGCCUUUGAUACGCCAAAUCGACUCCCUGGUUUUUGGCUUAAUUUCGAGGAUGCCUUGAAGGGUAAACAAAUCGCUGGUAUUCAUGACCCUUCAGCGUCACCGAGCUCGUUGGUCAUGGAGUUUACAAAGCUCUCACAAUUAACCAACGAUCCCAAAUUCUACGAUGCGACAGAUCGUGUAUCGCGAUUUCUAUUCAGGAUCCAGAAUAACUCUCUUUUGCCGGGGAUGUGGCCUAUGUGUCUUGACUUCCAAAACGAAGCUGUGCACGAUAAUACGUUUUCACUUGGUGCGCUGGCUGAUUCUCUUUAUGAGUAUUUACCAAAGAUGUAUGCCCUACUCGGCGGUUUGGACGAGAAGUACGAGAUUAUGUAUCGCACCGCGGCGGGUGUUAUCAUAAAGCAUUUGCUCUACAGGCCUAUGCUGCCAAACCAAGAGGACGUGCUGUUUUUAGGCGAUGCUAGGGUCAACGAGAAGAUCGAGUUGAGCACAGAGUCUCAACAUCUCACCUGUUUCGCAGGAGGAAUGUUUGCACUCGCCGGAAAACUCUUUAAUAUCGAACAGCACGUUAAUAUCGGAGAAAGACUCGCACGAGGCUGUGCAUGGGCAUACAGCGCUUUUCCAACUGGUAUAAUGCCCGAGAUCUUCGACCUAGUAGCAUGUCCAACCCUCUCGCCCUGCGAAUGGAACGAAACGCUCUGGAGACCGCAGAAUAACCAAAAACUCCCUCCCGGAUUCCUUCACGCUCGCGAUCCGCGCUACAUUCUCCGACCAGAAGCUAUAGAGAGUGUUUUCAUCAUGUAUCGCCUCACGGGGGAUGCGAAGUGGCAGGACAUGGCGUGGGAUAUGUUUCAGGCUGUUUUAAAGUAUUCGGGCACGGAGCUUGCGAAUGCGGCUGUUGAUGAUGUUACGAGUACGGAGACGUCAAAGACCGAUUCUAUGGAGAGUUUUUGGUUCUCGGAGACGUUGAAGUAUUUCUACUUGAUCUUCUCGGAGCCGGAUUUGAUCAGUCUGGAUGAGUUUGUGCUGAAUACGGAGGCGCAUCCUUUCAGAAGGCUUGUACGUCGAGAUUAA